UGUGGCGUUCUUGAGGCGUCCCAUACUGUCUCAAUACCACCCAGUAAAUUUCUAGUCGGAGUGGCGUCCGGGACAACCGUUUUGUGUUAAGGUGUUUUGACCAUUGUUUGCAAGCAUGCGGCGGCAGAGCUUUGCACGUGUCGUGGCAGCUGACUGGAGGAUAAGACCGGAGAUGUUGAAACACGCCGCUCGCUCCUCUCAAGCUGCAGGACUAGGGCAUUUUGCAGCAAUCGUGUCUUUGGGGCUCAAACCUUUGAGGCUCGGAUACUUUCUUGCUCUCAGAGUGGUGUCCGUCUGUGUGACACUUCUCUGGGGUAACUGUAUCGAAGCGCGAGUUCUCCAGGUUGUUACCUUCGGCAAGGCUGUCCACGAAUCGCGAUGGUUUCUGUCGCUUUGGACAGGCUCGAUUUCGAAGAGCCUCCUGCCUGAGUGGAAGUACUGCUUGAUCCAUGUUCAAUUCAGGCCGAUGGUCCUCUGGGUAUUCUGUCGUCGGUGGCACAAUUGUGCUCGUAGGCUCCGUGGGUUCCCGCAAGCUGUCCGGCCGUACUGCUCCUCAAAGGACCCAUCACGCCGGCCGGUAUCGUGUUACGUGCCAUCGGUCGAUUGCUGAAGGCUGGGCGCGGGAAUUUCGGGGCCUUGCUUCUUCAGAUUUGGCUUCCUAUGAAUCCAGUAGCGGUAUCGUACUGGUGUCACAGGGCGCAAUCUGUUUUUGCUAUCCUUCCAGCCUGUCUUUCCGGUCGCUUCUGCAACAUCGUCGGCAGCCGCGGCGCUCAGUCGUCCUAAGCUCUCAUUUCACAGCCAGAGAUUUACCGUCGAAAUUUGACAUGCUGCCACAGUUUUUCAUACUUGAAACAAAGGUUGCACCAUUGCAAAAGGUGUUCACAGUGAAAGAACCCAUCCGUAUCUCUCUCAGGAGCUCAAUUUUCAUUCUUGCGACUCGCGAUCUCGAAAACAGUGCGAUACUCCACUUUCAGCACGGAAAUCGAACUCUGGAGAGCCAAUGGGUAUCAAGCGGCAUCUUCUUGAACAGCGUCCAGCUGAUCGACAAUGAAUUUGCUGGUCUUGGAUAAUGGAUUUAUCAAGCCCUCCCCACGACUCAAACUACAUCAUAGAUCGUUUCUAGUGCCUGCAUGGAACGUUCUACUCGAGGACGAUCCUCACUCUUAGAU